AUUAAAAUAUAAAAACUUAAAAAUUUCUAUCUGUUUCAAAUUGGAAUAAAAAAUGGUUUUGUACUCUUAAAAAUUAAAUUAAAUUUUGUAACAUUUAGAGGAAAAAUGCAGUUUAUUUAUAUCCAACUAAAUGGCAAACCAUUUUUCUUGUAUCAUUACAGAGUUCUCAUCAGCGCUUCGGAUGCUUGAAGUUAGAGUUCCAAAUUACACAGUGAAAGAUAACACUGUGAAGCUUGAAUGUCACUACGACAUGGAGGAUGAAAAGUUAUACUCUAUAAAAUGGUAUAAAGACGGCCAUGAAUUCUACAGAUAUUUGCCUCGAGAUCAUCCACCAGCAACGCUUUUCCAACAAAAUGGAAUAACAGUUGAUCUUCACAACUCUUCAGAUUCCUUAGUCGUUUUACAAUCAGUAAAUUUAUCAUCAUCAGGACGUUAUCGAUGUGAAGUUUCUGGUGAAGCGCCAAGUUUCAAUACAGUUGAUGGCUAUGGUGAUAUGAUCGUUGUUGUGUUGCCCGAAACGGAUCCAAGGAUCACAGGCGGUCGUGCACGCUAUCAGAUCAAUGAUAGAGUCAAUGUUAACUGCACAUCGGGACGUUCAAAACCAGCAGUGAAGUUGACAUGGUUCAUCAAUGGCCAACAUGCGAACCCCGAAUAUGUCAAACAGUACAGAACAGCAAAAACAGGACGUGAAGGGUUGGAACAAACGAUACUUGGACUGAGAUUUCGUGUCAGGCAAGAACAUUUCAAGCACGGUGACAUGAAGUUGAAAUGUCUUGGCGUAAUUGAAUCAGUUUAUUGGAAAAGUAACGAGGAAAGUGUCAUUGGCGACCGACAAAAAGCUUCCACUUUGGAAGUAAAAAAGCAGGUCGCAGCAACAUCAACAUCAAACACAAGAGCAGAUAGAGUUCAUGCAAACUCCUCAGAGAGCUUGAAAUUAUCGCAUCAAAUGCUGGUCUCGUUAGUCGUCUGUUUCAUUAUUGCAAUGCACCAAAGUUUCAUUCAAAGAUAACUGUAAAAGCACGACAUGUGUGCAAUAGUCGUCGGAUGUGAAAGUGCUUAAUUUAUGAUUUUAGCAGGAAGUCUGUUAGCAACGAGUUUAAUUAUAAAACCUUGUGGACUUUAAUUAAAUCAGCGAUGAUGCAAAAAAAUCUGUUUGUGUGUGUGUGUGAGUGGAAUGAGCUGAAGAAAAAUAACAAAAAAAUAAAUAUAAAAGGAAUAUGUAGUCUGGUAGUGUUGUAUGUAAAUAGUAAACGGCACGAUGGCUAUUGUUUUGAAUAUUCAAAAAGUUAUAAUUUGUAAUUUGAGAGAAAUUGAUGAAAAAAGAAAUUAAAUUACUGAAAGUAAAAAAAAUUAUUGAAAGUUUACCCGUGCCAAAAGCGUUCAUUGUACGAUCUAACGAUGAUGAAAAACCUGCUGAAAAUUGAUAUACGAUUGACAACAUUUUCAUAUCACUGAAUUUCUAUUUACUUUCAUAUCAUCAGCAGUGUUCGAAAUUCAUUUAAAGGACACCAGCGAAAUUUUAAAUGAAUAGAGAAUAAAUUUAAAUAUGAAACGACGACAUCCUCUUUAAUGAGUUAAAUCCCAUAAAUAUUCCUUAAGAGCUUCAUUACAUUCUACAAUGAAGCUCCCUCUUAACUUUUCUUCAAGGUGCUCCGCUGUAAGACAAAUGAGUGAAAUUACUAUCAUCGUGAUACUUUUUCUUUGUGAAUCAAAAAUUAUCUAAAUCCGAUUUUUCUCCAGCGCACCUUUAAAGAAGAGAAAUUAAAAGAUUUAUCACUUAAUCUUAAGUCACCACAGAGAGUUUUUAAGCAUAUUCAAGUAACCAAAAAAAAAAAAAGUAAAAAAAGAUGUAAAAUUUCCUUUUAUCUUUUUGUAAAUCAAACUUGAGCAAAGUAAAUGAAAAUGUACUUUUAAAAAUUAAGAAGAUAAUAAAGAAAAAUAAAUUAUAAUUAAUGUUUAAAAA